AUGACUUCUCGUCCUUCACAAGGGAUUCCGGAAUCUCUACAGCAUCGUGGGAGUGGUGCGCCCCCAUGGCCCCAGGCCCGGCGACAGCCUACAAAGCCUGUCAAUACACAGAGUGCAUCCAACCAGGAGGCCGCCGAAUCGUCUCUUGACGAUCAACGUCGGCCCGCGGAUGAAUCGGCGACUAGAAGUCAGCCGGUGGUGGGCAAUGCAAAGGCAAAAGCUCCCACGCUCGAAGGCAUUCAUACGGCCUCGCACAAUCCCAGACCCUUACCCAAGGGCCGGCCUCAGAUCUUCUUCAGCAAUGUCCCAAAUCCCUCCCCUGAUGUCGCCGCGAAUUCGCCUUACGCGCUCCCCAUCACCAAUUUGCCGGUACCGCCUAGGCCUGGAAGGCCCGCCGAUAACGCAACCCAGCGCCGCAUCAUACCCGGAGGUUCAGGCGUGAAAGACGAGGCCGCAACCAAGGCUCCGGUUAACGACGUGCCCGCUUCCGCCGUCGUGUUUCCGGAAGGAAAAACAGUCGAUCUUUUCCCCUGGACGGGCAACAAUCCUGAAGAUAUCCUGAACGAUGGAUUGGUCAAAUCCGGGAUCAGCAACAAGCCCCAGAUCAUGAACGAGACAAAUACCGCCAGGCCGUCAUUAUGGACCAAUCUGAAAAGCAAAUCGGGAAUUCCAACCCUCUCGCAACUAUUCGUUGCCGUCCUCGAAAAACGACAAGCCUGUGGCCGCCUUACGACACCAAACACUUUCAAGCCGCCACCGCGACUAACCCUCCGGGAUUCGACGAGAGAGUCGUGGCUACAUGAUCUCGCAAACCCAGCCAUACAACUCCGAAGACUGAGCCGGACCAUCCCUCACGGUAUCACCGGCAAGGUCUUACUCGAGCAAUGUCUCAACAAGCGUGUACCUGUGUCACGUGCUGCCUGGCUCAUCAAAUGCGUUGGCAUAAAUGAGAUGCGUUCUCACAAGCGGAAGGGACAGGCUGGUACGAUGACUUGGGUGAGAGGCUGGACUAGUUCCGUGGAACAAUUCCUUGACGGCACGAUCGCUGCGAUAGGGCAGGCCGACUGGAAACCGAGGAUUAAAUAUGCUAUGGAAUUGACGACUCAACUGUACAAGGACCACCUUCUUGAAAACGAGCAUUACAUCGAUUGGAUCUUGAAAAAUCUCGAGACGUGCCCUCCGGAACGAUUGUUUCUAUGGCUUCUACUCGCCACAACAUACUGGCCAGAUUUGACCGGUCCACGUCGGCGAGGUAAACGAUUAGCAGUUUCGCUACUCGCCUACGCCGAGAAACUCUAUCAGCUGGAAGAGGACGGUCCCACAGCACCCGUCCUUCGGCUCCUCGAGAAGAUUAUCACCAGGCUCCUCGCUACCAGCCCCUCGUCAUUAAUGGUGCCGAAGACAUGGUCCCGCCAUGCAACCAUUCUUCGUAAGCUUGCACAGCGGCACCCCCACCCUCAAAUGAAUCGCGUCAUAGAGCAGCUCGACUUCAGAACUUCUCGUCUUUCUUCGUCACCCCAGCUAAGCAGCUCCACGACCCAUAAUUCGAAUCGGCAAAUGGUGGCUCUUCUGGAUGCUGUCGAUUAUACAUCGAAAAUACCCAUCGACCAGCUUGCUGGCGACUGCAUGGAGAUUAUAACUGAUGCACGUUGUCUCAUAUCUCUGUGUCUCCAGUGGGCCUCGUCCCUCUACCGAGAUGGAUUGCACCGUGUUUAUCUAGCGACUCGUUUGAUACGGAAAUGGGGCCAUCUUGGAGUUGAUAUUGACGAGACCAUCCUGGCAUUUUUCCAGUCCGCCGCUCCACACGUUGGUUGCGAGCUGCACAACGUGUUCAAAAUCAUAGCCGAAUUGGUUCGAUCGAAGUCAUUCUCCGUUGGGAAAUACCUCCAAUGGCUCAUUGCAACGGGCGCACUCAACCAAAACCACGCUUCAUCAUCGCCCAUGGCAUGGCCCCUUCGACUCACAACUGAAAUUCCCUUGACUGGCCUUACGGAACAGGUGCGCAAUUUACGGAAUACGCUGUUACGCGGCACGCCUCAUGCGACAGAAGCCGAAGAGCAGAGUCUGGACGAUGCGGAAGAGAUUAUCAGACAGCAUUUGCCUAACCUAUAUCGCCAAAUCAUGGUAGACACUCCCACGCGCGAGCUGGAUCUAAGUGGAUUCAGCGCGACAGUCAGGCUCGAGAUCGCUACCCUUCUACGCCACCGAGUCUCAGCGAACAUGGAGAUCUGUCAUCGAAUCCCCACCAAGGACCCCCACGUCGAGGAGGUGGGCUCGGUGUCCUACAUCACAUCGCACGAAUUCCUCAUUGUCAGAAUGUGCCUUGAGAGUGUUGGUGACUUGGCUAUGCUCGCAGACAUCGUUGGAAUUGUCUCCACCACACUAGACGGCGUCAUCCUUGCUUCCGCUGCCGACACGCUCCACUACAACCAAGAAGCCUUCAGUGCAAUAGGUGCAUUCGAGCCGUUGUUCCUCAAGAUUGCAAUGAGAUAUGCAGCGAUCCGAACCAUACGAUUCCCCGAGAAAGAACUGCUCACCAGCUUAACGGACCUUGCCCGCGCUGCUGGGGCGGACGCCCAACUCAAGCAAAUGUUGGCAUAUGAUAUGAAUCGGCUUGAACAAAAGAACUCAAUGGCAGCUUGCUCUCCGGUGUCUGAUACUAUGACUGAAGCACUUCACAGCACGGGCUGGGACACCAAUGAAGAGAUAGACCGAAUUCUUGCCAGUGGCACAAGCAUGGAUCAGCAAACAAUGGCCCGGCUUUUUGGCAAAAUGGUCAUGAGCCUAGAGGAGCAAGCCAAGAAAGCCUCCCCCCCUUCCAGCAAUUACUUCGUCUGGUUUCAGCGACUACGCGCUUUCGACGACGGCACUUUCCGCCGAAUAUUGGCCGAGUGGGUGAAGUCUCUGGUCCUCGGUCGACAAACUAGAGUGCUCCAUGCCGCUAUCCCAGUCCUGGUUGCCGCUGGCUGCCUGAGUCUUGCUCAGUUCCUAGAAAUAUCGCGAAAAUGCCUUGCCAGAUUGAAAAUGCAAGAUAUGCACGCAACUUCACAGGCGUGCGUAGAUGUUUGUGAGAUGCUACUGCCCACAGAUACACUGAACCCGUCCUGUCCGCCGCUAGACGGUUACAAAUUCCGGCUCGAGCAACGUAAAUUCAUUCGAGACCCCAACGGACGCAUUCUGGAGUUCGUCGCGGAGAUGCUAGAGGUUGCCUCGCUUGCACCAGGGCAUGAGAUUAUGAAUGUUUUGACGAGCAACCGACUCCUUGCAGUCUUGAGACAUUAUGUAUUAAAGAGCUCAACAAUGCUCUGUACUACGCUGGGUAUUGGAACGAAGGCUUCCACGGUCCCGUUGGCUUCUACUUUAAAGGCGAUGCUAGAUGCACUCGUCGACCCCUCCAAACAAUUAGAACUUUCAACGAAGAGCAUGCGCGACCAAAUAUCUACUAUUGUAGACACGACUACUUUCCUCUCUCUCCCUUUCUCCCAACUUGCGAUCAAGCAAUUCGUCUCCAUGAAUGUACCAUCGGCCGACCCUUCGGCCGACACACCAUCGACAGCACUGCUUGAAGCCGUGAAGACGGCGGUUGACAGGGAUGAGACGAUCUGGUGUGAUCUCGUCAGUGGCCUUGAUUCAGAUCUUAUGAAUAAGAUCCGUGAGCAUGCAGAACGCGAACUUCUAAGCGCCUCUGCCUUUCUGAUCAACUCGGCAGCAUCUCCUCCCGAUAGGGCUCAUGCUAGCGACGAGGCCUUCAUCAGGAAGUACCUCAAGGUAAUUGACUACACAGUCCCGGAGACCAAACGUGAAACAGAAGUGCCUAUCUUUGCGAACCUAGUUGAACGGUUCAGAGGCAUUGGGGAAGCUUUGAACAAGGGCAUCGAAACAAAGGGUACCGAAACAAAGCCUGUCCCUGAGAAUGGAGCCGUCGCCUCUCGAAUCCCGCUUUACGGCAUAUGGCUCAAUGCUCUCUUGCGUCUUGCAAUCGUUCACGGACCGAUUCGGUUGACACAAGCGCCCCAUCAACACCAAGCGGCACUGUUAUGGAGUCUACGACUACUCUUCACCAAUCCUCUGCUGAUGACAGUUCCAUCUAUCACUGAUCAAAUCUUUGACGUCACUGCUCUACUCUCUGACUACGUCACGGACGACGUCCGUAACCAUCUCAUCAAACUAGAUACGAUGAAGUCCACUAACGACCCCCGAUGCACUUUCGUUUUUGGAACCAUGCCACAUCCUGACGCAUGGCUCGCGGCUGCCAGGCCUGUUGCGUCAAUUCCUCAAGCGAACUCCUCGAUGCAAACCCAACCAAAGCAGGUAGCGCAGCAGCAACAGUCGAACCCAUCGACUCCGAGCUCAGGCGCGGGUGUCAUGCAACGAUCACUCAGCCAGCAGCAACAGCAGCAACAGCAGCAGCAGCCGCAGCAACAACAACAACAGCCAAAACAGCAGCAGCAGCCACAUCAGCAACAGCAACAGCCGAUGCAGGCACCCUCGCAAAACCAGACUCGCACGAAUCCACAAUACCCCCAACAAGCGCAACAGAACAAGAUGCUCUCUCAAUUCCAACGCAUGGCUAGUAUGCAAGGUGGACAACAUUCGCAACUGCAACAGAUGCAGCAAAUGCAACAAAUGCAGGCACUUGCACAGCAGCGGAGCAUGCAACCUUCUCCGGUCCAGUUGCAGAGACAGCCAGCCUCUGCGCCACAACCAGUUCCUUCUUUCAGUCGGCCAACCUCGACUAGAUUUGAAAAGAAGGAGAUGAAGCAGGUGCCAUUCGCCUUGAAGAGGUGGGAGAUGUUGCCUGAGAGCGGUGGAAAUCCGGCAGGAAACGAGACUGCCAUCAGUAUGACUCUUUUCGGGGCAAGGAGGGUUUAG